AUGAACAUUCGCGGGCAGCCGGGCAGCAGCACCAGGGGCUUGAAAGGAGGAAAAAAUAUCAAGCGGAGGAGGUUGAUCGCUGAGGGGCAAUCAAAUUUGUUUAAUCUUUUGUUGACCGAAACCCUCUUCAGGCCUCUUUCUAACUCACAACGUAGAGAGAGCGAAGAAGCACAAGGGGAAAACACAAAGGCAACCAAGGCUUCCAUCUCCGCCUCCUCCCAGCCAAUCAAACCAUCGAACCCGGAUCGCUGA